AUGAAAAAAGUGCAGAAGGUGCAAUUGAAAGGAAAGCUAAUUCUGAUGUUCAUGUUUUCACAUCGUAAAGUUUAGAUUGUGCGUAUUGCGUGAUCGAUCGCACGUUGCAUUUCGCAUCCUCAAGGAAAUGCGGCCGAAAGAUCAGCGGAGAUCAGGAAAAAUAUAAACAAACAGAGCGAGGAAGGAAAGCCGUUGGAAACGGAGACCGCGAGAAACGGGAUUGACAACACUAGCUGCGACAGCACGCACGACACUCUUCGCGAAUAUGUCGGCUGCUAAAUACAUUUUGACAAUCGUGUGAGAAAAAGGAGGAUCCGUCACCGAUCCCGAGACCGCGUCUCACCGUCACGAUCGUCGCCCCAGAGGAUGUCAUGUACGUAAAUCGCGGUGACACGAGGCGGAAGGAACACGAGGAAGUGCCACGUAACAGAGCGGCAUAAAAUAUGAGCUGGUUUGAUGCCACGGGAUUUGCCAAUUUGGCAAAGUCUGCUUUGAAGGGAGCACAAAAGACCAUAGACAAGGCUUUGGAUAUCAAGGAAGAAGAACCAAAGGUGAUUCAGUCACAUGCAGUGGAAACUUCAGAUUUUUUUACUAGUUGGGGAGUACAGAAUGAACAGGAGACCAGCAAACGUGACAGCAAUCCACAGAAACAACCAAACUCGAGUAGUAUUUGGGGUAGCUUUACAGGCUCGUUUUUUGAACCUGCAAAAGUAGACGGGAAUGGAUGGAAGACUGUCAAGCAUUCCAAGUCCUUGCAAAGUACUACCAAUCGAGAUGAACACAGCAUGGUGUUUUCUACUUCUGCCCCUGAAAAAUUAAUGACAAAGGACUCAAAGUCCGCAAUAGCAAAGAAUGAGUCUGUAUAUAAGGAAGAUAAAGGAGAGUCUAGUGCUACCAGUGAAUCUGUAAAUACUAAUCGUAGCGUAUCUAAAGAAUCUAAUGAAAAAACUACGUCAGAAUCUUGUAUAUUAUCAGAACAAUCAUCUCUAGACAAUGUUGUUUCUAUUAGUACUGAUAAGACUAAAAGUGCCAGUUUAGAUUUGGAACAAGUAUACUAUGCGCCAAUGGCGGACAAUACCGACAGUGAUUCUACGACAAGCCCUGAUAGGGAAGAAGAAGGACAAUAUGACAACGAAGUGGCAUCGGAAAGCAACGAUAUCAAUCAUACGUUGAAUCCCACUAAUGUGUUCCACCAAGUACCUAAUGUUUCCUCCGAGAGCGAUAAGAAGAGCUUGGAGAGUGUGGAGAUACUUGGUUCGCAAUCCAACACUGAUUGCACUACCACACCGGAAUCAGAUCCUAAUUCUGUUACUAAUUCAUUAAGUCCUUCUGUCAUUGAUAUCAAGGUAAAUUCUGAAUCGGUUGAGAUACUGCCCGACAGUUUAGUAACGUCACCGAGCUCCGUAGAGAUCCUGGGAGAUUGGAAGAGCGACAGCAGUCCUUAUCUAUCUCCAAUAGAUCAAAAAAAUCUAGAUUCAUCUUCUGUUCUGGACGAAGAUGAAUGCGCUACUCCAUGCAUUGACUGCGCCGACAUGUUACAACCACCAAGUAGAGAUCAAUUCGCGGAAGCUUCGUCGUCCGACAUCUCACCGUAUGAAUCUCCGAUGGAGGAGAUCAAAACAUUGAACAUCAGUCCAUAUCCUAACAGUGUUGAUAGUACACCGUCACCCAAUACGUUUCCUAGCUUGGACACGAAUAAAAAUUUGUCAGACGCGACAAACAACUCAAAAACUUCCCCUGAAAGCGUCGAGGUGAUACCGGACGUAGAAGAGGCAGACGAAGUGAGCUUAGCCGAAGAUUCUUACACUUCAGCUUCUGAAGGUACAGUCAUGACAGUAUUUGAACCGUUACAGCAAAUGGAUACUAAAAAUAAGAUGGAAUUGAGCGAUAUAAAGAUACCUAUAAAGAUGCACGAUUCAUGUCCGGAUGAUAGGCAAAUCUCAACAAAGGCUUGCACGGAAAACAAGCUAAACUUAAGUCUUGAUUCACUGAAAGAGAAACAUAAUUUGCAUCUGACACUUGAGCCAAUUACCACACAGCCAAUUCGCAAAUUGGAUCAUUUGGAAGGAGUAAAUGAGAAAUCGGACGUUUCCACCUUUUCCCAAUUAAUGAGUACCACUAUAGAACCACCGGAUCCAGAUAGUCAAAUCGAAAACUUAGAAGAAACAAAAAUGAUUGAGAGUAAUACUGACCAAUAUUUUAUAUCUACCGAUUCGAGUAGGGAAGGUACCUUGAUAGAGAGCAGUUCGGAGGAUAACGCAACAUUAAUCUGUACGAAUGAUUCUAAAAUCCUAGAGACGCCUUUAACUACUAGUUCUUAUGUGAAGACUAUGUUAGCUGAUGCUAUGGUCGAAAAGGGUGAAAUGACUGAUUGCACGGAAGUACCGCGAGAAAAUUCGCCUAUAUCGUCAGAAAGUCGUUCGGAUCUUGUAAAAAUUGGAUCUGAUCAAGCCAGUGGACAUACAAGUGGAGACGAAUUAGAAACUACAACAUCGAGCGACAUCGAAAUAAUAUCUAGUCCUAACGGAGAUUCAAGUUCGACUCAAUCGCGACAGAGUCCGGCGAAAUUGCAAUUGAAUAAAGGUGGUGAUUUGUUAACAAAAACUUUAAAGACUCGAGGUCAUUCUCGAGAAUUGAGCGAAAUCAGCGUAGGAUCAGAUGAAACAAAUAUGGAAAUUGAAAAAUUAUUGAAACGAAUACAGGAGAUGACCGAAAUUUUAGAAGCGAGAGAAUCAAAGUUAAUCGACGUAAGCAGGAUAAAUAUGGAAUUACAUGAACAAAAUACAAAUUUAAUGAAACAGCUCGAGAAUUUUGAAAAACAUGCGGAGCAAAAUCAAAAUAUCAAUCAAAUCACAGAUGAAUAUACGCAACGUCUGUCGGCACUGGAGAGGAAAUUUCAGCAAGCGAUAAGGGAACGUGAUCAAUUGAGAAAAAAUUUAGAUCAGUUGAAGUUGGAAGCGGCUUCGCGUUUAUCGUCGCAGGAAAUGUCUAACAUAAAUGCUGAGAAGGAUGAAAUUAUAAAGGAGCUUCGCGAAGAAGGCGAAAAACUCAGCAAACAACAACUUCAACACAGCAACAUCAUAAAAAAGCUGCGCAUAAAAGAGAAAGAGACUGAUGCAAUGAUAAAGAGUCAAAAAGAACAAAUAGAGGAACAAAAUACAGAAUUGGAGAGAUUGAAACGAUCGUUGUAUGCGAAGGAGGAAGUAGAGCGUAGUCAAAUAGAAGCCGUUCACACGUUGACAGCGAAAACGAAGAAGCAAGAGAAAGAGAUACUAAUGUUACAAGAAAAAUUGGAUAAUACGAUGCAUAAGAUGGAGGCCUUUAAGAAGAGCUUGGAUGCUGCAAAAGUAGACUUAGCAGAAACAAAGAAAAAAUUGCUAGUCACUGAAGAGGAAUUAAAAGAAGCUGUAGAUAACGCGGGGGAAUCGUGCCAAUUGUUUGCCCAAGUGGAGGAUUUAAAAUUGAAAUACCGUCAAGCUGAAGAAGCACACGUCAAAAGGGAAGAAUUUUUCAAGCACGAAAACAACGAAUUACUUAAACGAUUAGAAGCGGCAGAAGCUAGAAGUGAAGAGUUUUCUGAAUCCGUCUCAGUAGCAACAAAACCUUUAUUAAGACAGAUAGAACAGCUUCAAGCGAACUUAUUACAUAAAUCCAAUAGUUUCAUGAAGCAGGAGAAGGUUUUAUCGGAAAAAAAUAUCGAAUUGCAGUCAAAAAACGAGAAUUUAAUCGAGAUGGAUCGUCUUCUGAGAGAAGAGAAUGUUAAUUUGAAAUCCAAAGAAUCGCAUUUAGAAUCAAAGCUCAAUUUAAAAAAGAAAGAAAGAAUGAAAUUGCAAGAAUUUCACGAUAAAUUAAAAGAAGAAAACGAGAGAUUAUUAGAGCAAAAUAAAGAACAUCAAGAUGCGAUAAACACUCUCGAGCAGACACAUUCCAGUUAUAUACAGGAACUGAAGAGAGAAAUAAACGCGCUAGAAAAUAAAUUGGCAGUUGAAAAGGCAGCGACUGACGCAGAACGGAGAAGAAAUAACGCAAUAUUGGAACAACAGCAAAAUACCGACGAAGAAUCACGAUUUAGCCCUACUCUCAGUAUAGGACAAGAAUCCGUCAGCAGUGCAAAUAGUGCCUGGCCAGGUUUUAGCGAUUCAGUAUUUGAUAAUAACUCCGGCAGAUUUCCUCCAAUACCGUAUGAAAGUAUUAUAACGGGUUCGAGUAGUACGUCAAUCUUUGAGAACUUGCAAGCGCAAUUAAAACAAAGAGAUGGUGAGAUACAGCAACUUCAGUGGGAAUUAUCUCGACGAAAUACAGAGAGGGAUGCACUGAACUCGGAAUUAGCAACAUUAACUUUGAAAGUAGAGGAUUUGAGCGCCAAUGUCGCGGAAGCACAAGCACUCAACGCGAGUCUUAACGAGAUCCAAACCAGAUACGAUGCGUUGCUACAAAUGUAUGGCGAAAAGGUUGAGGAGAAUCAGGAGCUACGACUGGAUCUCGAGGAUGUUAAGGAGAUAAAGUUGUUUAACAUGGAAGACUUUGCUUCGAUAAAAGGACAAAUUAUUAAUUCACAUAAGAGGAGGCCAGACGUAAUACUGCAUACCAGAAAUGUAAUGAUUCCCAUUGUAAAACCUGUGCCUUUUAAGCAGAGCUGCGACAUGUCCUUUUUAGAAAGCAGGUGUCAGAUUCUGAGAGCAAAACACUACAGUAACAAUACUGCAUUGCUGUUUUCAGAGAAACCCUUGCAUACAUUAUAUGAUCCCUUGGAAAACUCGCUCGAGGUACGAAGAAUUGGUCACUGGAAACCCAAGAAUCAAAGUACAAAAUAUAUUAUUUUUGGAAAGACUGAUUCUCCAAUUAUUAAAAAAACUAGUACUUCGCAAAACUCAUAUCCAUCUAAGAGAUUCUCUCGCAAGAAAAAGUAUAAUGCAUUACAGUUUCCCAAUGCAGUGCUUGUGCAACCUGAAUCAUUGACAAACAAAGAUUUACACAAGGCAAGUUCAAGAUCUAUAAAAUUAUCAAGGAAGUGUGAUCUAUCGCAGAUAGAGGAAAGGCAGAUAAAACACGAAGCCAUGUUUACACUUUUGCCAAAAAUAGAAACACCAAUUAAUAAUGUUAUGGGCAAAGCAGUUGUAUCAUCACCAAGUCAAUCAUUCUAUGAUACCAUAGAUACUACCUCCACGGUGUCGACACAGUCAGUGUCAAGCUUAAAGAUCAGAAAUAAAAAAACGUUUCCAAACAUUAUGAAUAAAGAAAAGUCAAUACCUAGUUUAGCAUCGAAUCAUUUGCAUCCUAGUACCAGCGAAUAUGAAAUAAAUGUUUUACAUUAUGAGAAUGAUAUUCUGUCAGGAAAUAACUUCCCACAGUUUGCACAAUCUCAUUUGAAAUCCACUAACACAAAUUGCAGUUUAGUUAAAAUUCAGAAUGGCAAUACUGCUAAUGAGAGAAAUGCAAUAAAAAGUAAUAAAGGGGACGAAGAUAAGAUUAUUAGUGACAUAAAAUAUUCAUGGGAAAUGAAGGAUUGGAUGUCACCGUCUCAAAGAAAAAAAUAUGACAACGCACGUGAAACAAAAAUUACUGGGUUGAAUGGCAAAAGCCCUUAUGACUGUAAGAUAAAAUAUUCUUGGCAAAUUAUUGGAACAAGCACACAGACAUCAUAUACCUUAUUGCAAGAUUUAUUAAAUAAUACCAUUAUGGAAGAUAAUAAGUCUUCGUAUAAAAGGUGCAGCAUUAAAUAUUCCUGGCAAAUUAUAGGGAUUAGUACGCAAGCGUCUUUGCAAGAUUGUAACGACUCAGAUUAUUGGAGCGGAAUAUUGCUGACACCGAGUAAGAAUUAUAAUGAGAACAAAGCUGAAAUUGAUAAUAAUGAAAUAGAUCAUGCUGAACAAGAUUAUGUGAGAUAUUCCAAAGGAAAAUUGAAGAAAUACUUGAUAUUGAACAAUCAGCAAACCCAAACUUUCGCUGAGAAAGAAAUUCAAGUUGAUUAUAUGGAACAAAUUUCAGAAGCACUAACUAAACAAAAGCUGUCAGAUAAAUUGGAACUAGAGCAAAUCGACAAUUAUGACGGAUUAUUACACAAAUACACGAUAAAACCACUAACGCCAAAUAUUUCUAGUAAAAGUUCUGUGAUAUCCGAUAACGGCAAUGAAAGGACGAAGAAGGAAGAACUUCUGAUGAGAUUAACUUAUGCAUUAAACAAAUUAAAUCAAUAUGAAGGAAAUAUCGAAAAUAAAAAAAGCAUAGAAACAUCAUAUCUUGACGCAAAAAAUACGUUAGCACAGAAAGGAGCCGUAUUGCCACGGAAUGUGGAAGAAAAUGUCAAAGGCAUUAUACAAUCUGCACAGGAAUAUAUAGCGAAAUUGGAUUAUCAAUUGAAAGAUCUCGACAAUGCUGAUCAGCAGAUAGAAAAUAGUAUGAUGAGAACAUUAAAAGAUAUAGACGGGACGUUUCAAUCUUUGUUAGAUGAUGUAUAUCACGAAAUUAAUAAGAGACGCGAGCUGUUGAUACUGGAGACAGAAAUUCACAAACAUGAGAGUCUGAUACCAUUGAGGGCUUGUAGAAGGGAAGUAGAGGCACAGCUGCAAAAUGCACAGAAUAUUAUAUCGAUGAGUGAAGGUAUUCUACAGCAUCCGUAUCGAUACAGCGUAAACGGAUUUGGAAAGAUAAUUUCUGCAAGUAAUGAUAUAGGCAGGAUCCCAGCAGUGCCAUAUUCCGAGGAACUUCCAAAUAUAAACUUUGAUCGUCCAUUGAACUCGUAUAAGGAAGAGAUUAUAGAGCAGAUAUCGAAACUUGGCUGCAUUUCUCGCACAAUACCCGUUCAGAUAAUGAACAUUGAAGAGAGACCGGCGGGUUUAUUCGUUAAAUGGCACGUAACUAAUCCUGAGUAUUUUGCCGAGGAGCAGAUAUUUAUUGUAGAAAAAGCUAAUGGGGAGAUUCUCGAUCCGGCAUCGAACAAAUUUGAGACGGUGUACAGAGGGUCCGAGACUUCUUGUUUUAUUAGAAAUAUACCUGUUGAUCAUCUAAUUACACUCAGAGUUAGAAUACAGGCAGACAACGUCGCAAGGAGUAUACAUCAUGUCACACGGACCUCUAUACCGCCGUAUAGCUGGGAACUUGAUAACAAGAAUUAUAUGAUCACUAACGGUAAAAUUGCUGAAAAAGUCACGAAUACUAUAAAUACACUGUUCUCACAAGGUCCUCAAUUCGAUGAGAAUCACGUAAUUGAAUUCAAGUUUUUAGAAGUUCCACAAGAAGGAGAUGAUGACGAGGGUAUUGCAUUAGUUUAUGAUCCACAAGGUAGUAAUGAUACCUUAAAAAGAGCAGCGUCGCUAAUGAUCACACCUCAAGGCAAAAUCUUCAUGGAUGGUGACGAAAAACUGAUGCGCCUACCAAGAAUGUGUUUCGGUGCGGUUAUUAUGAUCUCUGCCUUCCGGAAAAAUGCUUAUGUGUUGCGAGUGAAUAUCGAAUCUGAAAAUAAAUGUGUUACAUAUGACUGGCGUGUACAAACGCCGCUGUAUCUUGCCGCCCGGUUUGCAGAGUCCAAAAAAUGGCAUUUGAAGAUUGAGUAAAGAUGAGAGAUAUACGCACAAAUUUAUCUUUAUUACAGUAUAUAAAGUGCACAAUGUAAUUUUGUGGCAAUAAAAACAAAGUG